UGUCGUUACAUAACCUCACAAAGCGCCGCUUCGCGAUUAUUAUAUUAUUGCGACGAUGAUUGUGUGGAGAAUCGUAUCGAGGACCCGUUUGGUUGUGGGGGCGCACCCUAACCUCACUUUAUCGUGUCGCAAAUGUCACUCCAAGUCGGAUGGUGGAAGCGAGAAAGGCGGCAAGGAGUACCCGGAAGAGCCCACGACUUGUUGCAUGUCGGGGUGUGCCAAUUGCGUGUGGAUCGAAUACGCGCAGAAACUGAGCGAGUUUUACAAGGAUGGGGGCGACGAGGCGGUGAGGCAGAUUAACGAGAAAGUCACGGACCCGAAUAUGAAGGCGUUUCUGAUGCACGAAUUGCGGAUGAAAAACGUCACGCGAAAGUAGGAAAUUAGUAGGUGUUCAGGAAAAGCGUGCGGCACACUUAUUUACCAUCGUCACGGUGCAGCCACCAAAUCCCCCUCCCGUCAUUCUACUGCC